AUGGGAGAAGGCAGGAUUCCAAGGCGCGUUGUCCCUCAGCAGCUCGCGCGAGAUCUCUGCUGCGCCCAACCGGCUCGGGUGGGUGCUGCUGGGGCGGGGUGAGAGGGACCCGGAGGGAGUCGCCAUGUUGCUGGCGGUCGGGGCUCGGCGCCUGAGGCGGGCGGCUUCAUUGCUCCAGCGAUUUCAGAGUACAUUGGUAAUAGCUGAACACACAAAUGAGUCUCUUACACCCAUUACGCUAAAUGCUAUCACUGCAGCAAAGCGGCUUGGAGGUGAAGUAUCUUGUUUAGUAGCUGGUACCAGCUGUGACAAAGUAGCAGAAGAGCUCAGCAAAGUACAGGGCAUUGCAAAAGUUCUAGUGGCCCAGCAUGAUGUAUACAAAGGAUUUCUACCAGAGGAGCUGACUCCAUUGAUUUUGGCAACUCAAAAACAGUUUAAUUACACUCACAUCUGUGCUGGAGCAUCUGCCUUUGGGAAGAAUCUUCUUCCCAGAGUGGCAGCUAAACUUGAUGUUGCCCCUAUUUCUGACAUCAUUGAGAUUAAAUCACCUGACACUUUUGUGAGAACUAUUUAUGCAGGAAAUGCUCUGUGUACUGUGAAGUGUGAUGAAAAAGUAAAAGUGUUUUCUGUACGGGGAACCUCUUUUGAGGCUGCACCAGUGAGUGGUGGUAGUGCUACUGUAGAAAAAGCAGUAACGGCGUCAUCACCAGUUGGUCAGUCUGAAUGGAUUGAGCAGAAGCUAACAAAAAGUGAUCGGCCAGAGCUCACGAGUGCAAAGGUGGUCGUAUCGGGUGGGCGAGGUUUGAAGAGUGGUGACAACUUCAAACUGUUAUAUGACCUUGCAGAUCAGUUGCAUGCUGCAGUUGGUGCUUCCCGUGCAGCAGUUGAUGCUGGCUUUGUUCCCAAUGACAUGCAGGUUGGACAGACAGGCAAAAUAGUAGCACCAGAACUUUAUAUUGCUGUUGGAAUAUCUGGAGCAAUCCAGCAUUUAGCAGGGAUGAAAGACAGCAAGAUCAUAGUUGCUAUUAAUAAGGAUCCAGAAGCGCCGAUUUUCCAGGUUGCGGACUACGGAUUGGUAGCAGAUUUAUUUAAGGUAGUUCCUGAGCUGACUGAAGCAUUAAAGAAAAAGUGAAAGCACCCUUCAAAUUUGAAGAAACAAAAAUCUGUGUGCAAUGCCACUGAGUUGCUGGUUUCAGGAAGAUUUUGAAACAAUGAAAAACUGUACAAAUUGUCUAAAUUCUAACUCUGAAUAUCUUUUGUGUACUGCACUCAUUCACCUUUUCAGCUACUGUUGGACUGCAAACAGUUCUGAUUUUUUUCCAAUUCUGUAAUAAAACAUACAAUAUAAAAUCUA